AUGUUCACAUCAACAGGCCUGCGGGCCCUCCUGAGACCGGCACGCACCAGCAUCCGCCCGACACCCUCCUCCCAAGAUGGGAUCACCUCGCUCGCACGCGCCACGGCCGCGCUCUCGAUCAGCCCGCCCACCACGACGGCAUCACCGAGCACGCCCCGGGCCUUCAGCACCACCGCGGCCCCCCUGGCGCGCGCCCCGCCGAAGCAGCAGCGGAACGUAAAGGGCGGCACGGGCAAGGGCAAGGGCCAGCCCAUGGACGCGGCGGCACGCAAGAAGCGGCGCGCCCAGAUGGCGGCCAAGCUGGACCCCAAGGUCGCCGACAUGAUGAAGUUCAUCUACGCCGGAUCGCAGCUGCCCCCGCCGCUGCGCAUGGCCCGCAACAGGUGGCUCCGGCACUGGACCAUCCACCGCGCCUGGCAGCUGUUCCGCCGCAAGGAGGCCGAGGCGCGCGAGAGGGAGAUGAUGCGCAUGCAGCAGAGCAUGGCCCACGCCUGCGAGGCCCUGAGAAACAUGGGCGGGCCGGGGCCCCGCCCCGAGGGCUGGCUGUACCGCAAGGCCAUGCAGAAGUUUGGUGUCUGGGGCAAGGGGGCCAUCCCCAUCGAGUACGCCCGGCCCAUGGUCGAGACCCCUGCCGAGAAGGCAUGGAACCACGAGUGGAAGAGGCAGUGA